AGAAACUGGAAAAAAAAUAAUUCAUAUUUUUAUAUAUAUUUUCGUACAGCGCUGGAUCGUGCCAACGUGAAAAAAUCGUGUAAAUUCAGUUCAAUUUAUUUUGUUUUAAGCCGUGUAAAACUGAAACUCGUGUUAACCGAUAGUCACCCGUAGUGUAUAUCAGUAUGGGUUUAGGUCAUUCCAUCUGCCUUAGACCCAUAUUCAGAAACGAUUUGCUGUCUGACCACGAUUAUUUUCAGAGACCAUAGAGAUGAUUAACAGAGUUCUCAAGAGUUUCUCCAAUCAGUAAUAUAGAAAUCCUAUCAAUCUGUCACUAGAACCACCAAAACGACCCUUCAACUAGAGCCUUAGAAAGAAGUCGAGGUACGGAAAGAGGUGCUUCAGAAUACGGUCCUAAACGAUCCAGCCGUCACGGACUGCCACACACCGCAACCACCGCAACUUAGGAGCCCGUUUUCUUUUCUGUCCUUGGCAGAUUUGAGAUUAUGGCUGUUAUAGUGAAGGGGAUAUCCUGGCCUGCGAUUGGCUAUCUGAUGGCCGUCUUCGUUUUAAUCAUCUAUGUCUUGCAAAACUCGUUCUCCGUCAUCGUAGUCGAUAGAGACGCUUCACAGAAAAGGAACUUGUCGCCAGUGGCAAACACAGAGGCCGGGGAAAGAGUCUCACGGUGUCAGAUUCCUGGACUGGAGACCAUCGAGCAGUACCGCGCGUACCUGCACCACAGAGAGACCACCUGCGCCGAUAUGCGUGAGUUCGGGGGCAAGCCGCCUGCACCUGGUGACGGCAAGAAGUUCGUAUGUCUUGACAAGAGGUUCAACUUCACGCCAGGAAAGUGCCUCAUCUUCUCCUUUGGUGUCAACAACGAGUGGUCCUUCGAGGAUGAGAUGGAUAAGUUUGGAUGCAAGGUGUAUGCCUUCGACCCCACCAUGGGUAAGGAGGACCACCAGCGCUCCCCUAACAUCAAGUUCUACGCCACGGGCAUCGCCCACUACCAGGGCACCAAGAGAAUCGGCAUGGGGAACAACUGGAGUGAGAAGAAGGUGGACCGCUUCGAGAACCUGGUGCGACAGGCGGGCGAGGAGGGACGCGAGAUCGACUAUGUUAAGCUGGACGUGGAGCUUUCGGAGAUCGACUUCCUGCAAGACAUGCUGUUCAACUCGCCACACGUCCUGGCCAGGAUCAAGCAGAUUGGAAUGGAGGUUCACGAUGGGCCAUAUAAAGGUCUGUGCUUUGAGUUUUGCUUUCCUUCCUAUAAACUUGUUUGUUGUUAUUAAUGGCAAAUACGGAUUCCCUCCUCCAUGCAUGAUGGUGGUGACUGAAGUUGUAGCAGUGAUGAAAGUAGUUAUGAUGACGACAGAGAGGAAGUGAUAAAAAUAAAGCUUACUUUUGUAUUGCGGCGUGGACUAUCAUAUUCUGAUUACUGAUAAGGUACACACACACACACACACACACACACACACACACACACACAAGCACAUAUAUCACCUGCUCUGGUGACCAGAUUUUUUGCUGCUUGCUUUUUUUUUUUUCUUUCUUUUCGUUUACGUAUAAAGGAGGCCAACCAAGACCAGAAAAAUUAUAUUGGGAUAAAGGUUCAAUUAAAUAUGGAAUACCACUUCCUUCUAUUAAACCUCAUCUUCUUUUCCGCAUCGAAAUACAGGUGUCUGAAGCAACAGACAGUAACCACUUCCCUGAUCCCUUCUACUUUCUCUAUUCUCAUUUCCAAACCAAAGCUGGAUGUUGCAUCCAUGUGCCCAAUGGCAAAAUUUGCUCUCGUGCCCACGUCCUUGAAACCUUAGAAUUUUCUACACUCUGACUACAAAUGCAGAGUCAUUCUCAAACUAAAUUUAUCUAAGCUGUUUGGCUACCAUUUAACUCAUCUAACUACAAAAAAUUAUUUGACCAUCUCAUUUCCAAAGUGAAGCGCAUCCUGUCUCUCUUCCCUUUCACGGAGAUCUCCAUUCCUGAAAACUUCAAUGUUCACCACCAACUUUGGCUUUCCUAUCCUUUCACUGACCAACCUGGUGAACCAGCCUUUAACUAUGCUAUCCUCCACGAUCUAGAGCAACUAGUGCAAUAUCCUACUCGUAUUCCUGACUAUUUCGGAGAUACGCCCAACAUUCUUGACCUUCUCCCACUCUCUAAUACUUCUGCUUAUGCUGUUACUCCGUCUUCU